AUGAAUGGUUUGUCUAAUUCCAGUAUUUCUCCAUAUAUCGGGGCACUAUCUUCUUUAAAGGCUAUAUCAUUAGCUCACGGUUCUCUCAAUGGCACUUUUCCAAAAGAUUUGUGCUCACUCAAGAAGCUUCAAGAGUUAGAUCUUUCUGAUAAUCUCUUUGAAGGGAUCCUUCCAACAUGCCUAAACAAUUUGACAUCUCUUAGAUUGUUCGAUAUAUCUAGGAAUCGAUUCGUUGGAAACAUCUCUUCAUAUCUAAUAGCCAGCCUCACAUCACUUGAGUACAUUGAUCUCAGUUAUAACCAAUUUGAGGGUCUAUUCCAAUUCAACAUAUUUGCUAAUCACUCUAAGCUUAAGGCGAUUCUAUUAGCGAGUGAAAACAACAAGCUUGAGAUAGAAACUGAAAUAUCUGCGGGUUGGGACUUCUCAUUUCAGUUAAUGAUACUUGUGCUAUCUAACUGUAAUUUGAACAAGCUCGUAGGAAACAUUCCCAAGCUUCUCCUUGACCAGCGCGAAUUGGAAAUAAUUGAUUUGUCUCACAAUAACUUGAAUGGAAGCUUCCCUAUUUGGUUGAUUGAAAACAACACAAGACUACGAAAGCUAAAUCUUCAGAAUAAUUCUUUCAUGGGUUAUCCUCCAUCCUUAAUUGCUAACGAGAGUCAUUUGCUGCAAGAUUUGGACUUGUCCUUUAAUGAUUUUUCGGGAAAGGUACCAACAAAAUUGAUUGCUAGUCGCACCAACUUGUUGAGUUUGAAGUUAUGCAAUAAUCAGUUCACAGGAUUUGAACUACAGGCUGCACCUUCUAAAGAGUUUGGAUGGUCUAAAAUGAGGUUUUUGGAUAUUAGCAACAAUAAAUUGUCAGGAAUGAUUCCUAGAUGGAUAGGAAACAUGACAAGUUUGCAAAGUCUUGUAGUGAGUAACAAUUCUUUUGAAGGUCAGAUUCCUUGUGGACUACUGAAUUUCCUGGAAGAGAUAGGCAUAAUGGAUCUUUCCAAGAACUCUCUUUCUGGAACAAUACCGCACUGCUUUCACAACAUGUCCUUUAGAAAACUACAUGUUUAUGAUUUUCUCCAUGGAUCAUAUAACGACUAUACAAUUCAUCGGUUCCUGCAAGUUGGUUCCACAUUCCAAAUGCUCUCCGAAUGGAAUAGUGUAAGAGAUUACAUAGACAUAGAAUAUGGUCAACAAGUUGCGGUUGAAUUUGUAACAAAAUACAGGUCUAACUCCUACCAUGGUGACAUCCUUAAUUACAUGUCUGGAUUGGAUUUGUCAUGCAAUAAGCUAACAGGUAGAAUCCCACAGGAACUAGGAGAGCUAUCUUCAAUUCUUGCAUUGAACUUGUCUUACAAUCAAUUGACAGGUUCCAUUCCACAAACAUUCUCAAAUUUGACCAACUUGGAGAGUUUAGACCUUUCUCACAACAAAUUGAGUGGAAAAAUUCCUUCAGAAUUGAUUGAUCUAUACUCUCUAGAAGUGUUUACUGUGGCUUACAAUAACUUAUCGGGUAAACUUCCAGAAAUGAAAGCACAGUUUGGAACAUUUGAGAAGAGUUGUUAUGAAGGAAAACCAUUUCUUUGCGGAGAACCAUUAGAUAAUAACUGCACUAGAGAGGACGAGUCACAUCCAUCACCAACAAAAUCUUCAAAUGCUAGUGAAGGGCAAUGCUAA